UUCAUCAGUUAGGUUUUCUAGCUCUCUCAAUAAGUUUCCAAGUCUCAACUUUUCCAAAACAAAUCAAUCGUCACCAUGCAGGUCUUCGCCAUCGUCCUGCUCCUCGUCACCGGCAGCUUGGCCAACUCCAUCACGCAAACGAGAGAAACCGGCCCACCAUGUACCCUUCCCCCCGUCUACAUCGGCACCGAGGGCCCCUUGAACAUAACCUACCACCCAAUCCUCGAAAUCCAUCAGGGCGGAACCACCGGAGUCUCCACCAUUAUUGGUCUGGACACCUUCGCUUACGAAUACACCAUCACCGUGAUCGCCCUCACGGUCGAGUUCACCAUCACGGUUGACAAGCUCAGCCUUGACACGACCUACACCGCGACCGGGUAUCUUGACGCGAGGCCCUUCUCCCAGGGAUGCAUCCCAUCCGGAAACUUUACCAGUGGCGGGUACGGCCCCGCUCCAGCCACGGCGAACAUCGGCAGACUCAAGGUUUUCGGAUCUCUCACCCUUAACAUCAAUCUGAUAGAAGAUUACGUCAGAAUCGGUCGCUUGGCCCUGUCUUUUGUCUCCUUCGAUACAGUCAGGGUCGACCUUGGCCGGAAAUUCCGAAUAGGUGGGGCCCCCGUUGACUGGCCCGCAUUCAGUGCUAACCUUAAGGCUUGCUUUGACUCCGAAUUUGCCGCCAACAAGGCCGCCGUCGUGGAGAAGGUUAGGCUCGCGAUUAACUAGAAGUUGUCAAAAUAUAGGGUGGAAGAUUUCUUGGACUAUAUGCCAGGGGAACCGGAACCCACUUGCCCACCAGGCACCUAUUAAAUUCCUCGGCGUUGGGAAUGACAAUAAUUUCUGGGGAUAUGCAAGUGUUUCAUGAGGAGUGAUAUUCUUCUCAGGGUUCGGAAAAACCC